AUGCAGCCGAUCUUCCAAACGAUCCUAAGAGACGACGUUCCAGCUUUUCUGGGUCUGGUGGCAGAGAGAGAUUCGUGGCUGGAGGAGAGAAACGAUGAACAACACAGCAACACUGUGUUGCACAUGGCUGCCAAGCAUGGACAUGGAGAACUCGUCUCAAAGAUUGUUGAGCUCCGACCUUCCCUCCUCUAUUCCCGAAACAGAUACGGAAACACACCUUUGCAUCUCGCUGCUCUCCUUGGAGACGUUAACAUAGUUAUGACCAUGUUAGAGUUUGGAUUAGAAGCUUGUUCCGCACGCAACAAUAACAACCACACACCCCUCCACCUAGCUUGUCGCAGCAUUUCCAUGGAGGCUGCCACACUCGUUGCGGAAAAGACACCAUCAAUCGGCCUUGAUGAACUCAAUUUCGCCCUAUCAAGUGGAUCCACCUGUAUUGCAGCAAUUAUACUAGAGAGAUUCCCAGACCUAGCUAGGGAAGAAGCUUGGGUGGUCGAAGGCAGCUCGCUAUCAACACUUCUGCAUCAUGCCUGUGAUAGAGGAGACUUCGAACUGACAAGUAUAUUGUUAGGCCUUGAUCAAGGACUAGAAGAAGCUGUUAACGCCAAUGGUUUAUCACCUCUGCAUCUGGCGGUCCUCAGAGGCUCAGUUGUAAUCCUGGAGGAGUUCCUUGAAAAGGCUCCGUUGUCUUUUGGCUUUCUCACGCCAUCAAAAGAGACAGUCUUUCAUCUCGCUGCACGAAACAAAAACAUAGAUGCCUUCGUUUUCAUGGCCGAGAGUGUGGGCAUUAAUAGCCAAGAUCUUUUGCAGCAAACUGAUGAAAAUGGCAACACUGUUUUACAUAUUGCUGCCUCCCUGGCUUGUUGUGCUGCGCUGAUACGUUACAUUGUUGGUAAGAAGAUAGUGGAUAUCAGCUACAAGAACAAGAUGGAUUUUGCAGCUUCUCACCUUCUCCCUCAAGAAGCGGAAGACUUCGAGUUGCUAUCAAGCUGGCUGAGGUUCGAUACCGAGCAGGAUUCUAAGAAAACUGAAGUACUUGAGAGCCACUCCAAUCCAUUCCAUAAACGAUCUCUGGAACGCAUUAAAACUUUAGUUAGCUGCAAAAGCUCUAAACAGAACGAGAUAAUACGGUUGCUUGAGCUAAUCGAAACAAAAACAUCAGAGAUAGCAGAGAUAAAGAGAAAAAAGAAAGGGGAAGCGGAAAGAGGUCGUAAGAGCAUGGAAUAUGAGAUGCAUAUAGAAGCCUUACAAAAUGCAAGAAACACGAUCGCGAUCGUGGCAGUCCUGAUUGCUUCAGUUUCUUAUGCCGGUGGGAUAAACCCUCCUGGAGGCGUCUACGACGAUGGGCCAUGGAGAGGGAAAUCGAUUGUAGGCAAUACAGCAGCGUUCAAAGUCUUUGCAAUAUGCAACAACAUCGCACUGUUCACAUCGUUGUGCAUCGUUAUUCUUCUUGUUAGCAUCAUACCUUUCAAGAGGAAACCUUUAAAGAGAUUAUUGGUGGCCACACACAGGAUGAUGUGGGUUUCUGUAGGGUUCAUGGCGACGGCUUAUGUAGCGGCAUCUUGGGUAACCAUACCACAUUUACACGGAACACGAUGGUUGUUUCCAGCCAUCGUAUCUGUUGCCGGUGGAUCGUUGACAGUACUCUUUUCCUAUCUUGGAGUUGAGACCAUCAGUCAUUGGUUCAAGAAGAUGAAUCGUGUAGGAGAUAUACCGGUUUAUUAUAUCAAGAAAAGACGUGUUGGAGAUUUGCCUCCCUUCGCAAGAACCAGCUCAGCUCAUCUGGUCUCCGCAUUAAGAAAAACCAAUCUCAGUGAAGGAGAUAUGCCUUCCUUUGCAAGGACCAACUCAGAUUUGGCUGCCUCCGGAAAAUCAGGCUAUUUCACCUAUUGAAUCUUUUGAAAAAAGUUGUUUAUC